UAUUGGAUCUGCCUUUUCUUAGAAAUACACUGCUCUGGAGACCUGCCUGCGCACAUUGUUAAUGCUCGGCCAAGCAGCCGGCUCCGCUGACCGGGCUCAGGUAGCUUAUGAGGGAUGCGGCCAACAAGCCGCGCUGUCAAGAACAAAUGUUCAGAGCUUUGUCUGCCACACCGGCGUCAUCCCCGCAAUGUUAACGGGGCUGAGAAAUUAGGUUAGAGGCGCACCUGAGCGAGGAGCGAAAAGUGGCAUGCAGGCUGUGGAAGAAAUAAUUGGAUUGAGAUAACACCAAACAGGAGGCAGUAAGGGUGCACAGAAGAAGGAAUCCUUAAAAUUGCAGGGAAACUACACACAACGCAGUGAUUAUUUCCACCAUCCAACAAUAAAGUAGAGUUGAAUUAUCUCAUUGAUGUUCACACUCACUGAGGUUGCUUCCUUGAAUGAUAUCCAGCCAACGUACCGCAUCCUAAAGCCAUGGUGGGACGUCUUCAUGGACUACCUGGGGCUGGUCAUGCUCAUGCUGGCCAUAUUUGCCAUGACCAUGCAGAUCACCAAGGACCAGGUGGCCUGUCUUCCCUGUCUGGAGGAACCGGAGGAGAUCUCAGGGGCGAAACCCAACUCCUUCCCCCAGCAGACCACACAGGCCUCAUCCGCAGCCCCUGGUGCCCCCGUGAUGACCGGUGCCCCUCUCAUCACUAAGGACUUACCAGAUGAGGUGGUUCACGAGAUCCACGUAACUCACCAACACACAUCUGUGUUAUCAGAGAAAUUUGUCAAUCAACCUCAACCAACAGGCGUCAGGACCAACCUGGACUUUCAACAAUAUGUCUUCAUUAACCAAAUAUGUUACCACGUUGCCUUGCCAUGGUAUUCCAAGUACUUUCCAUACCUCACCCUCAUUCACACCCUUGUGCUCAUGGUCAGUAGCAACUUUUGGUUCAAAUACCCAAAAACAAGCUCAAAGAUAGAGCAUUUUGUUUCAAUUUUGGGCAGGUGUUUUGAGUCUCCUUGGACAACAAAGGCUUUGUCUGAAACUGCGUGUGAAGACUCUGAGGAGAACAAACAGAGGCUAACUGGUACUUCCUCUGCACCAAAGCAGGUUUCUCUAGAGGGUAAAGAUGAAGGCACAAAUGUAAACUCAUCCACACCCAUGCUGGGGGUGAAGUUCUCUGCAGAUAAGCCCAUUGCAGAGGUACCAAGUAGCCUGACAAUCCUUGACAAGAAAGAUGGUGAGCAGGCCAAAGCAUUAUUUGAGAAAGUAAGGAAAUUCAGAGCUCAUGUGGAGGACAGUGAUUUCAUCUACAAGCUUUAUGUAGCACAGACUGUUGUCAAAACUGUCAAAUUUAUUUUGAUAUUGUCCUACACUUCGACCUUUUUGGCUAAAAUUAAUUUCAAGCAUGAUUGUGAGCCAGAUAUCAAACAGCUGACAGGAUACAGGAAGUUCUUCUGUACACACAACAUGGCUUUCAUGCUGAACAAGCUGCUCGUAAGCUACAUGGCAUUGAUUUUGAUCUACGGGAUGGCCUGCUUGUACUCACUUUUCUGGGUGUUUCGACGACCUUUGAAAGAGUACUCGUUCGAGAAGGUCAGAGAAGAAAGUAGCUUCAGUGACAUUCCUGAUGUCAAAAAUGACUUUGCAUUCCUCUUACACAUGGUUGACCAGUACGACCAACUCUACUCCAAACGCUUCGGUGUCUUCUUGUCUGAGGUCAGCGAAAACAAGCUGAGGGAGAUCAGCCUCAACCAUGAAUGGACCUUUGAAAAGCUGAGGCAGCUGGUGACCCGCAACGCACAGGACCAACAGGAGCUGCACCUUUUCAUGCUCUCUGGUCUCCCCAACGCUGUAUUUGACCUCACAGACCUGGAAGUGCUGAAACUGGAGCUGAUCCCAGAGGUGAGGUUCUCGGCAAAGGUCUCCCAGAUGACCAGCCUGCAGGAGCUCCAUCUCUGCCACUGUCCUGCUAAAGUGGAGCAGACCGGCUUUGCUUUCCUGCGGGAUCAUCUUCGCUGUCUUCACGUCAAGUUCACUGACGUGGCAGAGAUCCCAACAUGGGUGUACCUGCUGAGGAGUCUAAGGGAGCUGAACCUGAUCGGCAACUUGAGCUCAGAAAACAACAAAAUGAUUGGUCUGGAGUCCAUGCGAGAUUUGAGGCAUUUAAAAACAUUGUGUUUAAAAAGCAACCUAACAAAAAUGCCAACAAACAUCACAGAACUUUCCCCACAUCUGAUAAAGUUAGUAGUGCACAAUGAUGGCACUAAACUGCUUGUACUGAACAGUCUGAAAAAAAUGGCAAGUCUCAUUGAACUGGAGCUGCACACCUGUGAACUUGAAAGGAUCCCCCAUGCCAUUUUCAGCCUCACCAACCUGCAGGAGCUCGACCUGAAAUCCAACAACAUCCGGACCAUCGAGGAGAUCAUCAGCUUCCAGCACCUGAAGAGACUGACAUGCCUGAAGCUGUGGCACAACAAAAUCAUCACCAUCCCAUCAUCUAUUGGCCAGGUCAAGUCUCUGGAGGCUCUGCACCUCUCUCACAAUAAACUUGAGUCCCUGCCUCCAGCGUUGUUCACCCUGCCAAAACUACGACACCUAGACGUGGGUCACAACUCCAUCACAAUACUCCCUCCUGAUGUAGGUCUCCUCCACAACCUGCAGCACUUAGCCAUCAACUCUAAUAAGCUGGAGGUGCUGCCCAAGCCUCUGUUCAGAUGCAACAAGCUCAAGGUGCUGUGCCUGGGGAACAAUGCACUCACCGUGCUGCCAGAGGCGGUGGGUCAACUGGUGCAGCUCACUCAGCUGGAGCUUAGAGGAAACUGUCUGGACAGGCUGCCAGCCCAGCUGGGGAACUGCCGAAUGCUGCGCAAGAAUGGCUUGGUUGUGGAGGACCAUCUCUUUGAUACGCUGCCUGUGGAAGUGAAGGAGAGUAUCAGCCUAGAGACCAACACAUUUUCCAGUGGCUUAUAGCACAAAAACCACAAUCCAGACAGGCUGACACCUCUGGUGGUUCAUGAAAAGUCUGUUUAAUGGAUGUAAGAGUCAACAUUUUAUUAUUGUAAUAUCCUUUAAAUGAAUGCAUUUUAGAGUUGUUCCUGAACAGGUAUCAUUUUUUCAACAUGCCUAAAAUGUAGUAUCAAGUAUGACAAAUACUCCAGUAAAUGCACUGAUCUGAUAACAAAACCAAUUAGCCUCCUAAUAGUAAUCAUGUCACAAUAACAAACGACAGUGUAAUUCUAGUACAGUGUGGUCUUAGUCAGAGCUACAAAAUGUCAACAGUCAGUGUUUUCCAUAGAUACUAUGUAAAUUGUUUUAAUCCACUUGUUUCAGAGGGAUACUUGGUAUUGGCCAAUCAAGGUUUCAUUAUCAGGGAGGAGACAUUUUUCAGAACAUCUCUUAUAUUUUGAUUGUUAAAAUGCAUUCAUGUAGUUGCAAAUGUAUAAUUUUGGUACAGAAUGCUUUUGUUGUUGCUGGGUCUCUGAUCCAGCAACCUUUUGUGAUUUAGUUCUUCAUAGCUUCUAGUAAUAUAACAAAUAGAAAGAAAUGAGCUCUAACUGUAAUAGACCAAAUCAUUUUCUUCUGAUGACACCGUAUGUAGACCUGUCAUUCUUGUUUAGGUACUCAGGUAUAAUUGUAAGCACGGGGAACAAUCUUUUUGCCUUAACUGCUGCUAUUUUUUACAGUGAGGGCUUUCACAUGCAAAAGGCCAAAAAUGAAUAUUUGAUGUUUCCUUGUCAGCUCUCCAUACAGACACUAUCCACUCAGCAAUAUGCUAGAACAGAAGUCACAAUGCAACCACUUCUUCUUUUGUAGUUUUUACAUGUUUUUGAACUGAUGUAACCUUUUACUUUUUCUCAAAAGCUUGUAGCUGACAGAAUGAGUUCAGAGUUCUCAGGUGGAGAAUAAGCACCAGAAAUGAACCUUUAUCUUGUUGUUGUAGGGAUUGUAUACAAAGGCCUAUAGUAAUUAAUUUGCACACGCACAAAACGUAAUGAUUUGAAUGUCCUUGGUGAUAACAUGUCCUAGUAACAACGUGAGCUGAUAAAAGAAAGGGAAAUCUGUUGACUGUCUUGUUUUUAAUCAUGCUUAAAAGAUAUGUAACAGAGUCAGUCACAGUAGGACUGAUUAUUUUCAUGUUAAAAUUGUGUGAUGACUACAAACAUGUCUGCCUUCAUUCUUUUCAAUGUAUCUCUGUGUAGGCCUACAUAAAGUGAGUGUUCCCAGGAGCUGCUGUAACACCUUGGUGAUCCUAUGCUUAAAGUCCACUGCUUUAUGGCACAAUAAAACAAGAUUUUA